AUGCCCUCGCAACAACCCAGUUACGACGUCGUAAUCAUCGGCGCUGGCUUCUCAGGUAUCUACUUGCUGCACCAUCUCCGCAAACUUGGCUAUACCGUUCGGGUCUACGAGGCUGGGAGCGACCUCGGCGGCGUUUGGCACUGGAACAAGUAUCCAAACUGCCGGGUCGACACGCAGGGAUCGAUCUACCAGCUGUCAAUUCCAGAGGUUUGGGAGACAUGGUCGUUCAGCGAGAAGUACCCCUCGGCCGACGAACUGCGCGGGUAUUUUGCCCACCUUGAGCGCGUGCUUGGGGUCAAGAAGGAUAUCGAGUUUGGACGGACCGUAACAGGAGCUUGGUUCGAUAAGGCAGCAGAAGAAAAGCGGAAGUGGACGGUUGAGACGGAUGAUGGACGAGUGACGCAGUGUCAAUUUCUGCUGUCGUGCGUUGGCUUAAUGACGGAGAGGUAUGUGCCUGAGAUCCCGGGACUGGAGACCUUCCAGGGUCGGAUAUGCCAUUCGGCCUCUUGGCCGAAGGGAGGCGUUGACGUUGCAGGGAAGAAGGCCGCCGUUAUUGGAACAGGGGCAUCAGGUGUACAGAUCGUGCAGGCAUGGGGCAAGGAAGCAGGCUCGCUCUUUGUCUUCCAGCGGACUCCUAACAUCUCCCUCCCGAUGCAGCAGGAGAGCCUCUCACCCGAAGCGCAAAAAGCCCUAAAGGCUGAGAUACCGCGCCUAUUGGCUGCGCGAGAAAAGACCUUUUCCGGGUUCUUGAAGGAUCCCAGUCCCCAUCGCACAUUCGAGGUCUCGCGUGAGGAACGAGAGGCCCGGUUCGAGGCCCUUUACCAGGAAGGCGGCUUUGCGUUGCUGCUCGGCGGGUACAGCGAUAUGCUGCUCGACGAAGAGGCAAACCGAGAGGUAUACGAAUUCUGGGUUAGGAAGACGCGAGCGAGGAUCAACGAUGCCCGGCUACAGAAAAUCCUCGCACCAGAUGAGCCGCCGCAUCCGAUGGCCACCAAACGGUCGUCCAUGGAGAACGAUUACUUUGAGCAGUUCAACAAGCCCAAUGUGCACCUGGUCGAUCUCCGCGAGUCGGGCUGUGCCAUUGCAGCCAUCAAACCCGACGGCCUCGUGCUGCAGAACGGCACGUUCUACCCGCUCGACGUGAUCGCCCUUGCGACAGGCUUUAACAGCUACACGGGCAGUCUGACCCAGAUCCCUCGGCUGCGCAACACAUCCGGCACCACGCUAGCGGAAGAAUGGGCGCAGGACGGCGCGAGCUCGUACCUCGGCUUGACGCGCAGGGGGUACCCGAACAUGUUCCUGUGCUAUGCGCUGCAUGGGCCGUCAGCACUAACCAGCGGACCGGUCUCGAUCGAGCUCCAGGCGCGGUGGAUCAUCGAGGCAAUUCGCAAGAUUGACGAGUCCGGGCUGACCUAUAUUGAGCCGACAGAGGAGGCAGAGAAGACAUGGAAGGCGACAAUCAAUAAGAUUACUGAGAUGACGCUAUUCCCUAAAGCUGACUCAUGGUAUAUGGGAGCCAAUAUUCCCGGUAAGAAGAGAGAGAUGUUGAACUUUCCGGGGGGAAUACCUAUGUAUGAGGAGAUGUGCUUCAAGGCGCUGCAGAACUGGGAAGGUUUUGUCACUGUUUGA